AUGCACCGUGCAGAGGCCGGGAAGCCUUUAAUUAAAUUCAACCACUGCAAGAAAUCCAUCUACAGCUUCAGGGUGCCCCGGAGCUGCCCCCUCUGCAGGCAGGAUGUGGGCUUGACCAAGCUGGAGGAAGCGCCUGUCAGCAUCGCCAGUCCAUUCACCAACGGGCACCAAGAAAAAUGUUCUUUCCUCCUCAGACCAACACACGGCACGUUUCUCAGGGAGUAUGAUGGAAGCUCUGAUCUUCACGUUGGAAUCACUAACACAAAUGGAGUUGUGUACAAUUACAACCAACAAGGUGUCCAGCGAGAUGAGGCAGGGUGGGAGCAGAGUCUAAGUGUUCCUUUGGUUCAGCCUGGCAUGUUUGGACUGUUGGACCACUGGGACAAGUACCUAGAAGACUUCUCUGCCACCGAGGAUUGGCUGCCUCACAGGUAUGAAGAAGACCACCACAACUGCUACAGCUACACCCUCACCUUCAUCAACUGUGUUCUGGUCACGGAAAGCAGAGCGCAACUGGGCAAGAGCGAGUUCACGGAGAAGUACGUGCUCCCCAGGACCAGGCUGGCCUCCAAGUACAUCAUGCUCUACCGGACCAUCGAAGCGCGGGGCUUCCACGCCGCCGACCGUCCUGACCCCGACUCAAGCCCUCCCUGCAGAAGCAGUGUGCUGUGCGUGACGACAGAGGGGGCUGGGCACUCAGGCCACCACCCUUAA